CAGCUCUCCGACAAUAUCGUCCUCAUCGUGGCCCACUGACGGCUAGCUAGAGACAGAGAUUGGUUAUGCGAGCUAUAUGCGAUGCAAUUGGCUUACAGGUGCUAAUGUGCUCAACGCUGUGUACCGCGCCGCUGAGCAGAGGUCGCUCUCAAUAUAUGCUAUAAGUCUGUCACGUUCGCUUUCCUCAAGAAAUUUUUUUCGGUCUGCGACCAUUCUAUCAAAUGUUGAACUCCAACCAUCCUUGCCUUCUACAUAUUUUCCGCCAUCCCUGGAUCCAUCUCUUUCUUCAGCCCAGCUGUCUCGCGCAGCCUCUCAUGCCAUCAGGAUCUCCGUGCAACGCGCCGACGUCAGCAGUGCAUAUCAUAUCUUUAAUUCUGUCCGGUUCUCCUCCUUGAUGGCGAAUCCCUCCGUCCUCAAGGAUCCGGAGAUGGUUGAAAAAUAUGAACCAUUCAGAAACAUCACUAUUCAACUCCCUCGUCCCAUCUCACCGCGAUUAUCCGCGCAUACUCUUCUUCACGCACUCAUUCGGCAGGGGUUCUUCAGGAAAGCGUACAAUGUAUGCGAUUGGAUGAUAGUGAAUGGAAUACCUAUCCAUGUCAAAACCCUGGAAGCUGUCAUCAAGGGCUACGCGGCGUCCUCAACACCCAAAACAUGGGUGCAAGAGCAGUACAUCAUGCUACAAUCCGCCCUCAGAACGCCUGCUGUAUUCAAUCCGGAACCUGCCGCGACCAAGGAUGAAUUCAUCAUUUCUACUCUUCAGAUCUUGCAAUCCGCUCGGAAAUACAAACAGAAACGCACAGACCGUAUGUUCCGGGCAUUGAUUGGCAGCUGUAUCCUGCACGGGGAGAUCAUUCUCGCGUCCUUGAUAUUUGUUGGUCUUGUUCAUGACUGGGAAGUCAAGGAUGCCCUUGCAGAAGAGCUGGGGUUUUCGGCACCAAACGAGGAAACGGAGAAGUCACGACAAUUGCUAACCAGCUAUCAGCAUCUUCGGCAAGUCUGUAGCAUGCCACGUUCUCUCUCCUUGCAGACCAUCAUAUCCUCCAUUAAUGAAAAGUUAUCUCAAAAACCCGUUGACGAUGCUUCGAAGGCAGAGUUUGAUGCGUCGCUGCAGGCUUUAGCCAACCUCGCAGUCCUUCUCGAUUUUCGUGAAUAUCCUUUCCCCGAUGUCGCAGCUCUCAUCCGUGCUCUCUAUCGUUGUCCUUACAGCGAGAGUAAAGUAUGGGUACUGGACAAGGACAACAGACCGACGCAGGUUAAGGCCUAUGAUUACUUUCACGGAGUUCUCAGACGGCUCCUUGAUGAUCUUCCACGACAACGGCGGCCUACUCGUAAAAAUCGAUCCAUCCGAAGGGCGCUUCGAAAUAAUCCCCCCCUCCCAUGCCGUAUAGUGACCCGUCAGCAGUUACCCAUGCUGGACCUUCACAGUUGUAAUUCCCUCCUUCACUACACCCUCCAUCACCGUUCUUCUCCUAAGAAAGCGGAUCAUAUUCUCAACUACAUGACCGAGCGUGAAAAGCCAUUAUGGCCGGAUCUUGUGACGUAUAAUACUCUUAUACGGUCGGGAACCCGCUUGAAGCGCUCUGAUAUUACAGAGGCUGCCAUGAACAUGCUGCAGAAUGUGGAGCAUUUGGUCAGUCUUGGUCUAUCAUCAGACGCUGUUAGUGUCUUUCUUGGACCCACACGGUCGCAUCCGGUAGCACCAGGUUUCAGUCGCGUCAUGAAGGCGCGUUAUCGUGCCAAGACGGAAAGCAUGACACUCCGUGCUCCCGCAUCCUCCACUCCUCAAGUGCCCGACAUUGUCACUCUUACAUCACACUUAGUACAUCUCUCCAAGACCCAAAAUUACGAUGGCAUCAUCCAACUGCUUUCCGUAAUCUUUCCCAAGCUGUCUGUGAUCGACCUCUGCUCCCCCUGGGAGUUCCGCCCCGUCUUGCUCAGCAAGGUAGCCAAGGAACUAACACUGUCAUACGUCCGGCGCGGGGUAGAGUAUGGGCCGGUGUUCUUUGCAGCGAUGAUCGAAGGGCUCCGGCACGGUGGGCACACUGGUCUUGCCGAGCGUGUGUGGAAUCUUGCAAGAUGGUGUGAGCGAGCGAGCUUCAUCCCAGAAAUGAACUCUACGAAUCGACCCUGGAGGUUGCACAUCCACGCGUACACCGUGAUGGUGUCGUGCUACUCCCGGGAGGCCAACUAUGUCGGAUCCCGUCCCCAAGUGAACGGAUGGGGUUAUGACAACGAAUCCUGGGAGUGGAAAAACAUACGUCUAAGACGCUUUGGCUCUCGGCGUGACGUGGGGAGACGCUCCGCGUUUGCGUUUUACCUCUGGUUUUGCGAUGAGUCGGUGAACCGUGAUUUCAUGGAGCUCACGCAGAAAGCAAUAGCUCUGGGGAUGGAGGUGGAUCCGAAGCGGAUCAGGGAGCCAAAGGCUGAUGCGAGGUUCUUUUAUGCUGUGCUGGAGGCACUGGUUCCUUUCCCGUUGCUCCCUACGAGCGGGGUGAGGCGCCCAUGGCUUCGCUUGCUAGAUAAAGAACUUGAACUUGGUCUUCGUCCUCGCUACGAAGCCUACGACUCUGUACACAAGGACAGUCUUCAUCGAGUCGUGACUGACAUGCAUACUGCUGGACACCAAGUGGCUCCUGGUGUCCAGUAUUUCUUGCGGCAGAAGUUCGAUAGACAUCAGGGAGGGUUCCAGAUCGUGAGGGAGACGUUCUCAUCAUUUACGGAGCCAGAAAUCUGCACUGAGAGCGAAUUGCAACGGAAGCUUCGUUUGAGCAGAUAUGUAGACAUGUAGCAGGAGUUUUUCUCAGUGAAUAGCCCACUAAUUUGGAUUAAUAUUUAUGUUGUAUUAUUAUCUGGUGUCAU